UCACUGACUACAUCCAGAAGAAAUGGGUCUUUGGAAAGAGGAGACGCCUUCACCGAAUAUGAGAAAAUUCUUCUUCGGCAACACCACGUAUUCAAGAUUUUAAAGAAAUACGUGUUCUUGAACAGAUGCUUGACAAUCAGUCAAUAGUUGUGGCCGAGACACUUAUUGUUGAACGCAUCAGUAAGCCGUUGUGUCAUUAUUCCCUUCGGAUAGUGGAACUUAGAAGUGUGACUGCGCUCCGCGCUGCUUUCCACGAGAUUAAUCUCCUCAAAAAUAUUGGGAUACAUCCACGCAUUAUGGGCUUAUUCAUGGCAUUUCGCCAUCGGCAAUACCUUGGACUACUACAACCGCCAUUCUCUACAUUACAUGAUAAGAUUGAUUUGUUACGUCGUUUCAAAAAAUCAGCGGGAACAUGUUCUCCUGUCAUCUUUAGAGACCCGUGCACUAAAAUUUCUAUGAAAAAUUGUUCUAGGCUGUCUGAACGUUUUUUGAAGGAGCAUGGUGUUUUUAACAGGAAUGCAGUUGUAUUUGUAUUAUUGCAGGUCAUUUCAGCGCUCGAAUUUCUCAAUUCAAAAAAUUUUGUUCACACACAAAUUUCUUCAUCAAGCGUUUUUAUUGACGGUCGAUGUUCCAUUAAACUAGGCUCAUUUAUGCAUUGUCGCCGUAUUGGAUCAAAGUAUUUUUUCUUAUUUUACUACGUGAGAUUUUUUAUUAGGCGAUGUUUAUUCACUGGAAACCCAAAUCUUUUUCCACCUGAAGCAUUUCAUUGUGAUGAUCUUUUUGUCAAGCCGAAUUUUGACACAUGGGCUCUUGGACUCUUUGUUUUGGAGAUGGCAACGGGAAGGCGAAUGCGUUAUUCGCGCAAUGAAAUGUCAGAGCUGGCUGCUAAAUUUCUUAAUGGCACCGAAGCACCACCAACACUGGAAGAAACUGCUCCUGAUACUGUUUUCCGUGGACAACAACUUUACGAUCCACAUGUCACAAACUUCCUUUCUGAAUGUUUCAAGAUACACCAUGCUAAACGCAGAGCUCCUCUUGAGCUAUCAUCACAUCCUUUUUUGGCUCGUUUUUUCGAUAAAGGUGAAGCUCGUCUACAGCUUGGAGUUGAGCCACUUAAAGAGAUUCCAUGGGAACGCUGAAGA